CAAAAGCAGGACGCCUCACGCAUGUCUUCACAUGGAGACUAAGAUGUACGGAAGUACAAGGGUCUAACUUAGCCGCUCGAGUUUGCAGUGCGUCACUCGCUUCGGUACCCUUUCGGCAAUCGCCUGCGGACUUGCUUCGUUUCAGAGACGAAUCUCGCAUUCAGUCGAUUUCAUUUCCCGGAGUAACCGAUGUAGGACCAUGGAGUAGCAUUGACUAAUUUGGACACGUUUUACGUUGAGGAGGUUUCUAAGCCAUCCGUUUAUGAACUUAGGUCUUGAGCAGAUUUACUCGUUAUUGCGGGUCCAGCUUUUGCCGAACUACGUCCCGUAUACAAACGGGCUCAGGUUUAGGCCAUAGGCGAAACGCUACUCAGAUUCAGGCCGUGGGCCGUCGCGGACGACGCAUCCAUGCGGGGAGCAGCAUCUCGUGAAAAGAUGUCGUUGUGAAAAGGUUACGUCGUGAAAAGGUGACGUCACUGCAUAUCGCUUGCUUACCGCUGAAGGAGCGAUGUCGAGAAUUAGACAAGCAUCCACAUCCCGAGCCUCCAAUUAUGGCCGAAUUUACACAUUUAGGACAAAAAUUCAUCGGAUUCGGCUGUCCUCUAUUUUCCUGGCAGCGUUUCUGUUCCUAUGCUCCACCUCUGUAGUCUAUAGCGAGACCAACAGUACCGAUGACAAGGUUAGGGAAGAUGGGUCGAAGUCCUCCAAUCACCAUCAAGGGAUAUGGGAGCGGAUAGUAUCAGGAGCCUUGGGAAUUGAUCAGGAAAUGGAGGAGAUAGAAAAGAGCCUGGGGAUCGGCGGCAGCAGCUCCGACGAGAAGCAGUCGUCGACGGCCCGGGCUGAUUCGAACGCAGCGAAGAAGACCGCAGGGAAAGCGGAAAGCGGAGGGGACGGUAAAGUGGCCGAUGCGAAAUCGGACGGCGAGGAUGCAGAGAAGGAGGAGGUUGUGGAGAAAGAGACGGUCCAGAUGCUCGCUGACGGGGAUGCGGACGGGUUUCCGCUUCUGAUCGGCGUAAAAGAGGCGAAAAAGGAGCCUAAGAUUCCAAAGGCCGAAGAGGAAUCUAAGAAAGGCGCUGGAGACGGAGGGGGGGGAGACGAGAAAGGGAAGGAGAAGGGAAAGGAGAAGGAAAAGGAACAGGGGACGGAGAGGGGAAAGGAGAAGGGAAAGGAAAAGGCAGAGGAGAAGGGAAAAUCCGGAGCGAAGGAAGGUGAUGUAGCAGCAGGGACGGGUAGCGGAAAGGCUGGGAAGGAAAGCGAGGCUGCGUCUGACGAUAACCCGGACCAGUACGAAGGGGAGGAGGGGGAAAGCGCGCACAAGAAGGCGAAAGACGGCGGGAAGAAGGGCGGCAAGGGCGAGAACGUGGGCGAGAUGAUGGAGAAGAUUCUCGAGAGGCUGGACGACAUGGAGGGCGAGGGGGGGAAGUUCAACGAAACCCUAGAGAAGCAGGAGGCGGUGCUGGAGACGGUGGCGCGGGUGGGGAAGCACCACGUGCACGAGAAGGAGGAGAAGGAGCGCGAGGAGCGGGAGAAGCAGGAGCAGGAGGAGGCAGAGAAAGAGGCCGAGCUGAAGGCGAAACAGGAGGCGGAAGCAGCUGCUGCAGCGGCUAAGAACAGCUGGGACGGAGGGGUGACCACAGGUGGAGAGCGGUCGUUUUUCGACAUUCUCCUGGGGAUAGACGCCGCUCCUCCGCCUCCCCCCCCACCCCGCUCUCCUCCUAAAAACGUGACUAAAGCCUCAGCUAAGAACGAGACGAAGAAGGAGCAGGAGGCGGAGCAGGAAGACGAGAAAGACGUCCCCAGGCUCAUAGACUCCCAGGAUAACGAAUACGUUAUUAGCAGCCCCGGUAAGGGCUCCAAGAUGCAGCUGCAGGAGGACUUUACCCUGAUUUCGGACAUAGUGAAGGUGAUAGUGGCAGCAGCGCUGGGAGGGCUGGCGUGCGGGCUGAUGGGGCAGCCCAUCAUCCUGGGGUACAUCGUGGCUGGCAUGGCCAUCGGCCCAGGCGGGCUGGGGCUCAUCCACGAGCUCGUGCAGGUUGAAACCCUAGCCCAGUUCGGGGUGGUCUUCCUCCUCUUCGCGUUGGGGGUGGAGUUCAGCCUCGCCAAGAUGCAAGGAGUGCACAACGUGGCGCUGGGCGGCGGAGUGCUGCAGAUCCUCAUCGCCAUGAUUCUGGGCGGCAUCUUCAGCUCCAACACGCCACAGGGGCUCUUCAUAGGCGGUUUCCUCUCCAUGUCGUCCACGGCGGUGGUGCUCAAGUGCCUCGUGGACAUCAAUGGCUUCAACUCCGAGCACGGCCAGAUCAUGCUCGGAACGCUUAUUUCCCAGGAUUGUGCCCUCGGUCUUCUCCUCGCAAUAAUGCCGGCCCUCGCCGCCCGCCCUGCAUCCGCUUCCGCCAUCCUGCUGGCGCUCUUCCGCGAGCUGCUCAUUCUGCUCGCCUUCUGCCUCGUCGCAUGGGCCAUGUCGCGGGUUCUCAUUCCGAGGUUCCUCCGCCUCUUAGUGCGCGUGUCGAGGGGCAACAACGAGCUCUACCAGCUGGGCAUCAUGGGCAACUGCUUGUGUGUGGCGCUACUAUCCGAGUAUCUGGGGCUUUCACUUGAAGUCGGGGCCUUUGUGGCCGGGCUCAUGCUCUCAGGCGGCACCUACAGUGAACGCACCUUGCAUCAAGUGGAGCCGGUGCGCAACAUGUUUGCGGCGCUCUUCCUGGCGUCCAUAGGCAUGGUGAUGCACCCCAUGUUCCUCUGGCAACACAAGGACAUCCUCCUGCUCGCGCUUGCUGUUGUCUUCCUGGGGAAAACGCUGCUGGUCGCUCUAGUGGUCCGGGGCUUUGGCUACAGUGCUGGCACAGCAACAGCAGUCGGUAUUGCCCUCGCCCAAAUCGGGGAGUUCUCGUUCGUGCUGCUCUCCCGGGCUCAAACCCUCAAGCUGGUGGGGCACAAGCUGUACCUGCUCCUCAUGGGCACCACCGCCCUCUCGCUCGUCCUCACGCCCUUUGCCUUCAAGCUCGUGCCGCGCCUAGCCGCAAUCGGUGCCCACCAGGAUAGGGCCAGGCUGCUCAAGAGCAAGAGCCUGGUGUCGCCCGCAGGAGUGGGGGGAGGCGGGGGAGGAGGAGGAGGGGGAGGGGGAGGCGGAGGGGGUGGGGGUGGGGGUGGGGGAGGGAUGGGUGGAGGAGGAGGGGUGGGUUUGCCUGUGAGUAUGGCUGGAGGUGGAAGUGGGGGAGGAGGGGGAGGAGGAGGUGGGGGUGUUGGUGUGGCAGGCAAUGCGGGAGGAGCAGGAGGAGGAGCAGUAGGAGCAGGUGCAGGGUAUGGUGCCUUUGGGGGCCUUCUGAACGGGGUUGCUGGAGUGCUCUCUCCUCGCUCUGCUGCUGCUGCAGCGGCGGCGGGGGAAACUCAGGUGCUGCUGGCAGGGGAUUCUGCCCCUCUCUCGGGGGCUACUGUUCCUCAAUACCUGCACCACCACUACCACCACCAACCCUCACACAACAACCCCUCACUCCUCCCCUCCCACCAUCAUCACCUCCCUCCAGCCCACCCAUACCACCACCCCGUGCAGCACUAUGGCACAGCAGCGGCAACCCACGAAUCCCUAAGGCCUAGAAACCCGGUUAAAGGCACUGAUUCAGGGGGUAGAAACCUAGUCAGGGGGUCAGAUUCUGGGGGUAGUUCGGGCUCUGGGAGUGCAAGCGACUGGGGCUUAUCUGAGGAUUUCUUUUAUGAAAGGGGCAGUUUGGAGAAUCGUGGAGGCCCGGGGCCAGGUACGGGAGGUGGCUUAGCUGGAGCAGGUUCGGCGGCAGGUCUGGGAGGAGCAGGCUCGGGGUCCGGCUCCAUGGCUGCAUCAGCCUCGGCAAGCUCAGGCCUGACAUCCCCACCUGGCCGAACCUUGUCGCCGACAGGUUCGGUAACGCAGCGGUCUCCCAAGGUUGUCGCGGGGCAGGUUCGGAGAGUGGCUCAGGUGGCAGCUCAGAGCCCUCGAGGGGGACUUGCGGUUACCAGUAACACCAACAGCCCUAUGAAGGCGUUUGCGUUAUUGGGAACUGUGGAGGAGGGGGGAGAAGUGAGACGAGAUGAGUGGGAGGAGGGGGGAGGAGGGCCAUUCCAAUACGCGUCGAGCUCUGGGUUCUUUUCAAGGUGGGGCGUUAGAGGGCAAGUGCAUCAGCAAAAGAAGGAGAUGGCGCACCAAUCAUAACCAUUGAGUGUUGUUUGUUAACAACAGUUCUGUACCUCCAACAAGCCACGUGGAACUGAGAAACAUGUAUUCACUCUUAGAAAAACGCAUUGAAUAGAAACAAGGCAUGCCAUGGAACUGUAUGGUUGGGUGUUGUACUCUCUAAGAGCAUGAACCCUUCUAGCCUAUAAUUGCUACAUAUACAAUACAUGUAUAAGUUGACACACCC